UUUACCUCUCAAAAUAUCUACAUUAUCAUCCCUUACUCAAAAACAACAACGAUGUCUGUUGCAGAGGUCUUUGAGACGGUUGACAAGAACAAAGAUGGAAAAAUCUCGUUGGACGAAUUUGCCGAAGCAAUGCGUGCCUUUAAUCUUUCAAUAACAUCUGAAGAACUUGAGAAUAUGUUUAGAGUGCUUGACAUGGAUGGUGAUGGUCAAAUUGAUGCUGAUGAAUUUGUUUUGGGUUUGGAGCUAGAAAAUGUUAAUGUUGAAACUACUCUGAAACAAGCUUUUGAUUCAUAUGAUAUGAAUGGUGUCGGGAAGAUAUCGGCGAGUGAUAUUCAUUUUGUGUUGAACCGACAAGGAGAAAAGCAUACAAUGGAAGAAUGUGUUGUUAUGGUUCAAGCUGUUGAUGCAGACGGGGAUGGUUUUAUUGACUUUGAAAAGUUUAAAACUAUGAUGAUGGUGUAAGAAAGAGCCUAUAUACUUACACAAUUUCUAAACCCAUAUAAGUAGCUCAAAAUUAAACUAAUCAUCUAAUUAAUAUUAAAUUA